UCUUCUUCGUCUGUUUGUAUAAUUAUCAUUCAGACGUUAAAGUCCUCUCAUGUCAGUUUUGGGGGUUUUUAGCCUCCAUGUGUGAAGGCACUUCUCCACCUCCCUGUGAACUCACUGUAAACAAACCGACCUCAUGAAUAUUAAUCAGUGGGCGGGGUCUGUCGGUGGAUAUUACCCAGCCUCCUGCGGGGCCGCUGAAGUGCUGUCCGGGCUCCAGCUGCAGCCAGUCGGGCUCCAGACCGUGUUCAGCGGAGACGAUAAUAAAGAGAAUCAGGACAAUAGCAGACAAAAGGUUUCCGUGCGGGAAGGAGGCAGGACGUCGUCUUUACUGUCAGGACUUUGUGGGGAUCUUUUUUUUUUUUUUUUUGGAAAGAAAAGCUUGUGCAAGUCCCAUCCGGAGGAGUAUAAACCCGGAGCGGAGGGUUGCACCGACUUCCAGUGAACCCCCGAGAGCCGCCAGGCAGCAGCCCGCCGCCGGUAUGACCCUCACCCGGAGCCCCGUCCUCCUCCUCCUCCUCCCCGCUGCCUUCAGCCUGCAGCUCCUGCUGCUCUCCGCCCGCAUCAAGGUUUCUUCAGCUUCAGGACACUUUGAGUUUCAGAUUUUGUCGAUGCAGAACGUUAACGGGCAGCUGCAGAGCGGCGCCUGCUGCGACGGAUCCCGGGACGCGACGGAUCAGCGCUGCACGACGGACGAAUGCGACACCUACUUCCGCGUCUGUCUGAAGGAGUACCAGCUGAUGGUGCCCUCGGCCGGGCCCUGCAGCUUCGGCACCGCCUCCACGCCCGUGCUCGGUGGGAAUACCUUUUCUUUACACAACGCCGAGAGCGACAAAGCCAGGAUCGUGCUGCCGUUCAGCUUCGCGUGGCCGAGGCUGUACACGUUGAUCGUGGAAGCUUUGGACUUUAACAACGACUCGUCCUCCGGCGGCGUCGGCGGGGCGGUGAUCGGGAAGGCCGUCGCCUCUGGGAUGAUCAACCCGAGCCGGCAGUGGCAGAGCAUCGAGCACAACGGCCCCGUGGCUCAUUUCCACUUCCAGGUCCGUGUCAGCUGUGACGAGCACUACUACGGCUUCGGCUGCAACAAGUUCUGCCGCCCGCGAGACGACUUCUUCGGACACUACGAGUGCGACCACAACGGCAACAAGAUGUGCCUGGAGGGCUGGUCCGGUCCAGACUGCAACACUGCGAUCUGCAGGCAGGGCUGCAGCACUGAACAUGGAUCCUGUAAAGUUCCUGGAGAGUGCAAGUGUCUGUAUGGCUGGCAGGGUGAGUACUGUGAUCAGUGCGUCCCUUAUCCCGGCUGUGUUCACGGCAGCUGUGUGGAGCCCUGGCAGUGUCUCUGCGACACCAACUAUAGAGGAUUUCUGUGUGACAAAUAAAUGAAUAAAGAAGUUGAUGAAACGAGAAAGUCUGGGAAAGUCUCCUUCAUGUUCCAGUUUUAAGUCAUAUAAUCAUCAUCAUCAUCAUCAUCAUCAUCACUAUGUGGGUCCAUUGUCUAAGACGAGGAGGCUCCUUCUUACUUUUUUGUCAUCACUUCUUUUUGCAGACUAAAGGUUAAAAGUAUGAAAAUGUUUUUACUUGACUAGAAAAUGUGAUCAUGAUUAGCAUCUACGUGUCCACACAGUUGUUUAUUUUUAACCUGAGCUGUGAUAAAGAAACAAAUAUUUCUGAUAAUGUUAUAAAACUGUAUGAAUCUGCAAAAAAAAAAAAAGUUAUUAAAAUGAGUCAAAUCAGUAAAUUCUGCAGCAUCUUCAGAAGAGAAUAAAAAACAACCAACUAGAUACAAGAAUCGCAAGUGAAGAGACAAAGAACAGAUGAUGAAUUGUUUGUUUCUGUAAUGCAGCUAAAAAAAAGAAAUCUUGCAAAGUGUUUAACAGUUGAGCAAAUGUAAAAAUAUAAAAGGAUGUUCUUCCUUUGUUGUGGUUGAACCUUCAGGACUAAAUGCAUGUUGACAGAUCAUAAAUAUUGUAAAACUCAGCUGCUGAACUCACUGAACCUUCAUAUUCAUAUUGAGCCUGAAACACAUAAACACUAAUUACACACAUUAAAGGAAAAGCAAUAAAGGAAAUAUUCAGAUCUUUAGAAAAUGUUCCUUUUCCAGAGUCAGAUUGACUUCAUAUCAUCUGGAUCUACAUUAUCUAGUUCAUCAUUAAUGAAUUAUCAAGUAGCACUGUUGCUAUGGUGAUGAUACCCGGACGGGCUGAAAGGUUUGAUGGAGUUACAUCUGUGAACCAGUUAAUGAACCGUCCUCAGUAGAAACUGAAACAAUUCACUGUCAUCAGCUGAUAAAAGAGAGAAACAGGAUGAAACGCGGUAGAGAGAGAACAGAUGAAAAUGAGGGAGAGAAAGUUAAGAGGAAGAUCAGGAAAAUGAUAUGAAAAUGGAGGGAAAAGAAACGGAUGAGAGUAAAAGAAAGUGGAAACAGGAAAGGAAGAAGAAUG